AUUGUAAGUAACAAACUGUUCAAUAGUAGAAUAUUUAACAUUAACAUACAUACAGUUAUAUUUAGUGACUGAUAUAGAAGUAAAAGGAAUUUAACAAAAGGUUCAAAUACUCAAAAAUCAGGAUGAGGAUAUUUAGUUUGGCAGUAGUUUUACUUCUAUUUGAUCAAUGUUUGGCACCUGAUCCUGUUUUAACACCCGCGACUUUAACGGACACUGAAUCUAAUACGGCUGAUAGUAACAGUAAUAUAUUUUGGUCGGAUGUACCAUCCGGAAAACACUACAAAACAGACGCUGCUUACGACGAUAGUGGACUUGGACCCAUGUAUGAUUUCGCUAGGAGUUUUAUUGGUUCAGUGUUGGGUAGUUUCAACAAGAAUGCUGAUUUUAUUAUUGGAAUAGUAAAGAAGGAAAACCCCCUCGACGAUCCUCAGUCGGUGGCUCUGCAUUUUAUUGGUUUUGCAAUAUGCUUGGUGAUUGGUAUCUUGUUUAUGAUCAUCUUUCCAAUAAUUGGUUGUUGCUUUUGCUGCUUUCGAUGCUGCGGACAGUGUGGUGGGAAGAUGAUGCAAACGCAGUCUCCAUCGACAUCAUGCAGACGUAUUGUUUACAGCGUCAUUUUAUUGGUUCUCAUUGUUUUUACGGCAGUUGGAUGUGCGUGUGUUUAUGUGACUAAUGACCAGAUGUCAACAGCUCUAAAUACAUAUGAUGAUACAUUUGGUAAUAAUGUGGAUGACAUCAGUGUGUAUCUCGAUAACACCGUUGAUCAAAUCAAACGCAUUUUGUCUACGGAUGUAAAUUUUGCACUAGAUGUUGUUAAAAGAGAUUUAGAUAAUACUGGUGUACUGGUCAGCGUUCCUGUAAGAGAUAGAUUUGACCAGCAAUUAAAUGUGAAUAAUCUAUUCACUCAAGUGGACAAUCUACAAACAGAUCGCACAAAUGUCGUAACUCAGUUUGAUACAGUUGAAACAGACGUGAAAGCCUUCAACUCGACUUUUUCAAGUUUUGAAGGUGAAAUAAAUUCUUGGAUAAGUAGUUACGAAUCUACCAGGACUGCGUGUGGCAGCUGUACCAGCUUCCCGGUUGAAUCUGGUCUAACACCUACAAUUGACACAACCAAGAUUAACACAGCUCCUAUAAGAACAGAAGUUGACAAAAUUAAAGACGAAGACUUAACUGCCGAUGUACAAGCGGCAAGAACUGAAUUUGACGGAAUCGUUGGGAAAGUUGAUACAGGAAUAACAGAUGCAGGUGUUGUUGCAGUGGUCAAAAACAAUCUUGUUUCUUUCCAAUCAGAGAUAGCACCAAUAAUAGCAGAGAUCGAAAAAUUCCAGAGUGACUCGGCUGGAAGUCUGGAUUUAUCACAAUACAAAACUACGGUAACUGACUACAGUGAACAGAUGGCGACUUAUGAGCGAUACAAGUGGUAUGCUGGUAUCGGAAUCGGAAGUAUCAUAGCUUUGGUUGUUGUUUUACAAUUACUUGGAUUAGCGUUUGGUUUCUGUGGAAGUAGCGCCAGCACGCUGCCAACAGAACGGGGCCGUUUGUCGACUUGUGGAGGGAAUAUGCUUAUGGCAUCUGUUGGGUUUAUCUUUAUAUUUUCGUCUCUGUUGAUGUUUAUUACGACACUCUCGUUUACGCUAGGAGCACCGAUGGAAAAAUUUGCCUGUGAACCACUGACUCAACCCGAGAAGAUCUUAUCGCUGUUAGACGCAUUUGGUGUUGGUAAUCCUUUAGAAAGUGUGUUUGGUAAAGGUAUAAACAUCACAAUAGGUGAUGUUUACAGGGAUUGCGGUGCUGGAAAAUCAGUUUAUGAUGCCUUCAAACUUGAUCAACUAUCGGCAUUUGACCUUUCAGCGAUAACGAAUUAUAAAGAUACAUUAAAGAUUCAAGAAGAAAUAGACAAUAUUGCUGUUGACUUUAGUACUUUCGAUCUAACUCCGGCUGCAUUAACAACUACCCUGAAUGACUUUAAUGCGUCCAUUACUGCCAUGGAUUUUGAUACCUAUAAUGCGGAGGUAAGGAUUAUUUACACAGCGGAAAUUACUGGGCGGGUGUAG